CGUUCCCCAAGAGGGGGUAGAGAAAGCACUUAGAUACUGAAUUACAUGUAUAUUCAGAUAAGUGAAACAUUAAACGGAUAUUUCAAAUCGAAAGGUUCUGAUUGAUCGCGAACACGCCUCUAGUGUUCUAAGAAUUGCCGGAUCUUUUUGUGCGACAGUGGUUACAUUCAAGAACAUUUUUUGGGAUACCAUGAUGGAAAAAUUAAUGGUCUUAAUGACACUUGUACUUAGUACCCAUGCCCUGGAUUUGAAUAUUGUGAAUCAAUGGAAUUUCCUUGAUUUCAACCUUCCUUAUAAUUAUAGAGGAUUAGGUACAUUCAGACCCGAAAAUACAGUGUUCACUGGGUUAGAGAUAACCCGUGAUCGAUAUUUUUUGGCUAUGCCACGUCUAAGGUCCGGAGUUCCAGCAACACUUGCAACAAUUCCACGCAAUACUCCUCCUGGUUCAAGUCCUAUAUUGCAGGCUUAUCCGGAUUGGUCUUUUCAUUCUGCUGGUACUGGUAAUGUUAGUAGCUGUUCAGAACUUGUCUCUGUCUACAGGAUCAGACAAGAUUCCUGCGAUAGACUUUGGGUCUUGGAUUCUGGUGUGAUGACGUCCUUGGAAGACUUUAGACCAGUGUGUCCACCUAAAAUCAUGAUUUUUGAUCUACGCACCGACCGUGUUGUUCGCACUGUUGUCUUUCCAAGGCAAGUCCUGAGACCUAAUUCUCUGCUGACAAAUCUGGUGAUAGACGAGAGCUUGCAGGGUGCUUGUGACAAGGCGUUCGUCUACAUUUCCGAUACUGCUUCUCCUGGUAUCGUUGUAUAUAAUUCUGCCCAAGAUACAGCAUGGCGACUGAUUCAUCCAACAAUGUAUCCAGACCCUGAUUUCUCCGAUUACACCAUACAAGGAGAAACGUUCACACUGAUGGAUGGAGUUGUAGGACUGGCAUUCUCGCCCAAACUUGCUACCUUAUACUUCCAACCAUUAGCAACUGAUAGAAUCUACAGUAUUCGAACUUCUGCCCUAACAAAAGGACCACCAGCCGAAAAUGAAGCAUUACCCAUUGAAGUUGUAGGAAAGAAGGCAUCACAGGGUCUCGGUUUGACAGUUGAUGAACGAGAUGACACUCUUUAUUUCAGUCCCCUCACUGAAACCUCUCUUGCAACAUGGAAUCCCAUUAGCAACAAACAAACCUUGGCUGCUUUCAGUCCUAAACUUCUUCAGUUUCCUGCAGAAAUCAGAUGGAGUAAUAGAGAUGGAAGUAUCUACUUAUUGUCAACACGUUUUCAGAAAUUUUUCUUGAGGAAUGUCUCCGCUGGGGAAAUAAAUUUGCGACUGAUUCAACUCCGACCGAAUUCUUAUAACAAAUACCAACAAUUUUUGUGAAUUUGACAUAUUUUGUUGAAAGUCUGAAACUUUAAAAACCAAAAAUUUU